AUGAGUCUUUGCCCGACGAACGAGGACUUGGAAUUCACCUCGCUACGCUGCUCUCUCUGCUUGCAACUCUGCAACGCCACACCCAACUUCAAGCCGCCCGAAGAACAAGCAUCCGAGUGGCUGGUAAGCCGGUAUGGCAGAGAUGUCAAUCCCUACAGCGAGCUGACGUCCAACGCGCCGUGUGGGCUUUGUGCCUUGUAUGCUCGAGCGUGGACUCGCCUGGAGCUGGCCAUCUGUGACCAAGAAGUAGACGACUCCAGACCUGUUCCUUAUUGUUUAGCGGAUGCGACAGGAUUUGGAGCUUGUUUGCCCCUGUUUGGAUGCAUUAUCGGAUCACUGCAGUAUGCUGUCCGCAGCUACUUUGGCAUCAACGGUACGAAAAAGCAAGAUUGCGCCGACGGCUGUUGCGCCCCCCUUGUCACUCUGGUGAGAAACGAGCAAGAAAUAAUACUCCGUGAGAAUCUCCGGAGAGCCACGGAACGGGAGCAAGCCAAGCAAUACGUCUGUUACGCCCCAAUGGCCUAUCCUACAACCAAGCUUGCCCCGCGUGCGGUUCGAGCAGCUCAAGUCCAAGGCUCUGCCAGCGAUAUCAAGGCGCCGGGCAUAAUUAUGAGAGUCCAGUCCCCGCAUGAGGAUGUUUCCCAGCCAUCAAAAGGCAAUCGACGAGUCCACGGCCUGGAAGAUGACUUGACGGCUCCGGCCAGGACGAAAAGAAGAGAACAUGGUCUCCACGAGGACAUUGAAACGGCGACUCCCCCAAAGCCUGUGCCUCACGACCUGGGGGAAACAGUAUCGUAA